AUGCUCUUUCAGUCGACACGAAAACACUUCAUCCAUAAAGUGAUUAUCACCUCAAAAGUCAAUCACAACAGAGAGUCCAAGAGAUUGGUGUCGAGAAUGCCGUCGUUUGACGCCAUCGCCAGUGAAGACAAUAAUAACUCAACGAAUGGGUCGACAAUUGUAUCGAUUCUUCACUUCAACGAUAGCUAUAACGUUGAGUCGCGAAGUGUUGAGCCCUCGGGAGGCGCCCCCAGACUCGUCACUGCCUUCAACGCACACAAACACUGCGACCCUUUGGUGCUCUUCAGCGGUGACAUAAUGGCGCCGUCCAUCAUGAGUUCUUUCACAAAAGGCGAGCAAAUGAUUCCCGUUUUGAACGCAUUGGGCGUCGAUUGUGCCCUCUUUGGGAACCAUGAGUUCGACUUCGGUGUCCCUCACCUGAAGACUUUUGUGAGCCAAACGCACUUCCCGUGGGUUCUGUCCAAUGUGUUGGAUCCCGAAACUAACCGUCCGAUGGCCGGCGCACUCGUCUCCCAUAUUAUACACAGAAACGGCAAAAAAAUAGGAAUCAUAGGUCUGGUUGAGGAGCAGUGGUUACGCGACUCCAUAGACGAGCCCUACAUAUACCGAGACUUUGUAUCUGAAGGCAAAAUACUGGCCAAACAUCUGAAGGAAGAGGAAACCGUAGAUUUUGUGAUCGCAUUAACUCACAUGCGAUGGCCUAACGACUGUCUGUUAGCGCAGAAUGUCUCGGAGAUCGACCUAAUACUGGGCGGUCACGACCACGACUACCAGUGCCGUCGAGUCAACAAUAUAUUAUGUGUCAAAAGUGGUACAGAUUUUCGACAGUUUAGUAAAAUUGAUAUCGAGUUCAUUGGGUCCGAGAAAUACGAGAUUAAGUGCAAAGAAAUAUCUGUCAAUUCGUUUGACUUCAAUGAGGACCGGGAACUGAAGGAAGAGCUCAAGAAGUUUACGUUUGCCGUCGAAUCCAAAAUGGAUAUCGUAUUGGCGGACGUGGGCUCAGCACUUGACGGCCGUUUCGGGUCUAUCCGACAGAGAGAAACAAAUUUAGGAAAUUUUGUUUGCGAUAUAGUGUUGGCCACCACUGGGGUGGACGCCGUCCUCUUAAACUCCGGUACCUUUCGAAGCGAUCAAAUCCAUACGAGCGGUGCCUUUAAAGUGCGUGAUUUGGUGCGAAUACUGCCGAUGAUGGACGCGCUCGUUGUGCUCAACAUAACCGGCCGACAACUGUUGCGGGCGCUCGAGUGUGCGGUCUCUCAGUUUGCUGUACUGGACGGCAGUUUCGCACAGGUGUCGCGCAUUCAGUUCGCAUUUCAUCCAAACAAAUCGGUCGGCAAUCGAGUGGACGUUCAAAGUGUGCGAAUUGGCGGCCAAUGCCUCGACUUGGAGAAGAAGUACCGACUCGUGACCAAAGAUUUUCUGCACAGAGGAAAGGAUGGCUAUAAUGUGUUGAAAGAGUGCGAAGUGUUGCUCAAUGAGGAUCAGUGUUGUAAUCUCUUCGCGUUAGUCAAGAAUUAUUUGGAAUCUGUGGCCAAUUUA